GCUGCAAUGCUAUAUGCAAUGUAACUUCUGAGUAAAGCUGCAUAGAAUCAAACUGCAAGAUGGAGAGUACUGAGGAUCCAGACAGCAGACUCCUCCUGCAGCCCUGGGCUUCAGUCUGCUUUGCUGAGUCCACCACAUUGAUGGCCAAAGCUUGGUUUGGAGAUGCCAGCUAUGCCUUGCUCCUCUCUGACCUCAGCAACAUGUGGUAUGAAAGUGCAGAUAAUCAGGUGAUACAACAGAGGUCAAAGGAGCUAAAUAAGCGGUUGACGGCUCAUGUAUCCUCCUUCCUGAACCGCUUGCGCAGCCUGGUAUGUCCCCUUCUGGAAGGGCAAAAGAACAGCUCCACCUCCUUCUCUUGCCAGCUAAGCCCCAGUGCUCUGACCCUUCAUGUCAAGAGUGAACUCUCAGGACUGCCUUUCUACUGGGACUUUCACUGUUUAGCCGCGCCUGUUGAGAUGAUGUCCUGCCACCUUGUGCGGCCCCUGAUGGCGAUGAGCUUGGCGUUGCACAGUCAGGUGCGGGAGCUGGCAUCCUUGUUGCUCCAGAAGGACGCGGAGAUUGAAGAUUACCGGGAGAAUGGGGCUGUUCUCAGUCGAGAGCGUCUAAAGACAGAACCUUUCAAGGAAGAAUCUUUCCUGCAGACAUUUGAGGCUGAGACUUUGCCCCAAGCCUGCUGCCUGGGAGAUGGACAGCUAUUUACCUCUAACCUGAAGCAGCUCUACAUGGCAGUGACCAGGCAGCAGGCCAGAGCAGCUUGCAAACGGCACCGGGAAGCAUCAGGAGAUUCUGGGACCCCUGACCAUCCUAUCUCCCAGGACCUUGCCAAAGGGGCUGUGGAUUUGUCAACUGAAGCGGAGAAAUCCCAGGCAACGACUGCACAGCGCCGCCCUCUCAGACCCAGAAGGCCCAUUUGCCUAUUGUCAAGCCCAAAAGGAAGAAGGCAAAAGGACUCUUUGACUGAUGCAGGUCCUUGCUCACAGAGAUGGAGAUACAGUGGCGGCAUUGAACACCCCUCCGUCUUCUUGGAGCAUCUGAAAGAGAGCUGAACGUCUCACUCCAGCACUCAGCUGUGCCACUCUGCUCAUUUUGCCAUGUCUAAGCAUGGCGGCCAGGGAGCAUCCCAGCCUGAACUACAGCUAUCUAGUCUAGGGCCCUAACCCUGCUUGUUCUCUCCCCGUCUGCUGGAAGCCUAGAAGUGAUGCAUGCAAAGUAACAAGCAGAAGGAGGAAAGUGGGCAGAACACGGACGGUGUUAGCAAUCUUAAUGGCGAUAGUCAUGGGAGCUCCUAUGCUUAUCCCAUCUGUAGUAUCUGUACCUUGCUUUGACAAUGUGUGUGUAAUAAAGACCUUGGCUAAAGAGUUGGAUACCCUUUGCAAUGCCUUCUAUGUAAUGCAGGAUUGUGUGCCUAAGCGUUGACUCCCCUCGAAUCCCAUCUUUCUUUUCAUGCAUACUUACAGCCUUCUUGGUGAGAAAGUUUGAAAAUGUGUGGCCUCCCAAAGCAGGGCGUAGGUUGAAAUCGUGCUGGUCUUCUCUCUGUCUCCUGCCCAGGGCUCUUGAUCCAUGUUCUCCUUCUCCUGCUGUUCCACCAAGCACACGCUUUCUCUCUUUCUUGGUACUCUUCGGCUAGGUUUUUCACAAAAUAUUAUGCAAAGUUGUGAAUAUGGAACCAAAAAAUACAUUGUAUUGAUUCAAGCAAGUUCAAACAACAUGUAUUUA